CUGAAGAAGCAGCUAAACUGAACUGUCAACAGUACUCCUGGAUUACUUCAUUCUCAUUAGAGUUCCUAUGGUAUCCAAUCUUGCAUGGGUUGAAUCUAGCAUGUUGCCAAGAACAAAGUUAAUUAGUGAAAUAUCCCCAAAUUAACUAACUCCCCUACCAAGAAAUGGGCUCUUCCAUUUUCCUCACAUGAUUAUCUGGGCACUUUCACUUUUCCAUAUAUAGGAGCAGCCCAGGGACUGACAGAUCAGGCUAGGUAGGGAUACAGACUUCAGGCACAUGCAUACUCCUUGCAUGCAUGCAUGCACAGAUACAAGCCCAUGCUGAAUUCACACGCUGAAAUUCAAGUUAGUGUUACAGGUAGUAAGUGAAGACGGUGACAGUCCUGCUAAUAAAGAACCUUCACCUUUAACAGAAGGCACUAAAAGUAGAACUCUUCAACCACAUUUUAAAAUAAUCCACCUGGAAAAGCAUCACAACCAUGAAUGGGCCAGUGGAUGGUUUAUGUGAUUACACGCUGGAUGAUGAAGGGGCUUUCAUGUUCACAUCGGAGUCAGUAGGAGAAGGACAUCCAGAUAAAAUCUGUGAUCAAAUCAGUGAUGCUGUGCUAGAUGCCCAUCUCAAGCAGGACCCAAAUGCCAAGGUUGCUUGUGAGACAGUAUGUAAAACAGGGAUGGUGUUGCUCUGCGGGGAGAUCACAUCUCUUGCUAUUGUGGAUUAUCAACGAGUUGUCCGAGAUGCAAUUAGACACAUUGGCUAUGAUGAUUCAGCUAAAGGCUUUGACUACAAGACUUGCAAUGUUUUAGUGGCACUGGAACAGCAGUCACCUGAUAUUGCCCAGGGUGUUCAUCUACACAGGGAUGAAGAAGAUGUUGGUGCUGGAGAUCAGGGAUUGAUGUUUGGUUAUGCAACGGAUGAGACAGAGGAAUGUAUGCCUCUAACAAUUAUUCUUGCUCAUAAACUGAAUGCCAGGUUAGCAGAGCUGAGGCGCAAUGGAGAGCUUCCUUGGCUGAGGCCUGACUCUAAGACACAGGUCACUGUUCAGUAUAUCCAGGAGAAUGGAGCAGUCAUCCCAGUGCGUGUUCAUACCAUUGUGAUAUCCGUACAACAUGAUGAAACCAUUUCUCUGGAGAAUAUGCGCAAAACCCUGAAGGAUCGUGUAAUUCAAGCUGUUGUCCCUGCAAAAUACUUGGAUGAGAGAACUAUUUAUCACCUUCAGCCUAGUGGACGUUUUGUUAUUGGAGGACCUCAGGGUGACGCUGGUGUUACUGGUCGAAAGAUCAUUGUGGAUACUUAUGGUGGCUGGGGAGCCCAUGGAGGCGGUGCCUUUUCUGGAAAAGACUAUACAAAGGUGGACCGAUCAGCAGCAUAUGCAGCCCGUUGGGUGGCCAAGUCCCUUGUGAAAGCUGGGCUCUGUCGCCGUGUUCUGGUUCAGGUGUCUUAUGCCAUUGGAGUAGCUCAACCACUGUCCAUUUCACUAUUCACGUACGGAACUUCACAAAGAACAGAGAAAGAACUGCUGGACAUUGUGCACAAAAACUUUGAUCUUCGGCCUGGAGUCAUUGUCAGGGAUUUAGACCUAAAAAAAACCCAUUUACCAGAAAACUGCAUGUUAUGGUCACUUUGGAAGAAAUGAAUUCUCAUGGGAAGUGCCUAAAAAACUUGUAUUUUGACACUUGCUCUCUAUGUUUAAAAACACCAAGGAAGAGAAGUCCACUAAUGUGAGGAUGCUUCCAAAAAUCAAAUCCGACAACUUUGUAUUCAAGAAAUGGAAUUUUAGAUUUUAAAUGGAGAGAAAGAAAAGGAUAUUUUCUUGGAAAUUGAUUUUUUUAACCCUCAGUGUCUUUCAUUAUCUAAGAUAUAAAAGACAGAGUCUUUUUUAAUCAGCAUAAGACAACAAAAUGCUGUUUACUUUUUAUUGCUGCUCUGUUGGUUCUUUUGAUAAAGUCAAAGUAUAACUCAGGUACUCAAACCAAUGGCUGAACCUCAAACCUUUCAUGGGCAAAGGAAAGGAUGACUUUCCCAACUCUGACUAAUGGUCAGCAGAUCUCUUGCUUCUAAUUAGACAAUGGGAAAUUCUGGGGUCCAAUUUCCUUACUGGAGUUAGCAUUGCAUGCAACUGGGGGUUGCUUUGAUGGGAGAAGGCUGGAUAUCACAUAACUGUAUCUUGGCCUCAUCUGUAGAAGAUGUUAACAUAUACAUAAUAUUUAAAUCUUCUUCACUGGGUAUGUGCUGUUACUGUUGUGUUUCAAUUACCUGUGUUUUUGAAACGUGUUCUCCUAUAAAACAAUCAUACAAUAAAAUGCUCUUUCCUACCA